AUGUUCGGUCAACGAGGUGGAGCUGCUUCCAUCCCAGGUUCAAGACAAGGUUGUUUUAAGUGUGGAAACCUUGGUCACAUCGCCGAGAACUGUCAAGCUCCGGGAAGACUCUGUUACAACUGCAGAGAACCCGGACAUGAGUCUACUGCCUGUCCUCAACCCAGAUCCACUGAUGGUAAACAAUGUUACGCUUGUGGUGGUGUCGGUCACGUCAAAUCGGACUGUCCUUCCAUGAGAAACAACUUUGGUGGUCCCGGUCAAAAAUGCUUCAAAUGUGGUCGAGGUGGUCACAUUGCUAGGGAAUGUCAAGCUCCUGGUGGAAUCGGUGGUGGAUUCAGAGGACGAGGAGGAUUCAACGGUGGUUUCGGUGGUCGACCCAGACCCCCUCCUUCUAACCCAGACGGUACCCCUGUCAAGUGCUACCGAUGCAACGGUGAAAAUCACCUUGCUAGAGAUUGUCUUGCUCCUAGAGACGAAGCUGCCAUCCUCGCUUCUAAGAAAUGUUACAAAUGUCAAGAGACCGGUCACAUUGCCAAGGAUUGCACCAAGGAAGACCUCCCUGUUGCCGAGUAA